AUGAAAUAUUUUUUGAGGGAAAAAAUUCAUGAUGUCUUUGAAAAAUAUGAUUGUGAAAAUGCCUUAAAGGGCAAAAAGAUGAAGUGUAGCGAAAAAGAGAAGAGUUCAGAAGAAUGGAAUAAUUCAGAUUUGUUAUAUUAUAAUAAUUAUGGAAAUAAUUAUAUAAAUAAAGAAAAUAAUUUAUUAUAUAGAAUUAAAAAUAAAUUACAUACUUCCGAUGUAAAUAAAAAAAAUGUUAUAAAAGAAAAUAUAAAUACUGAUAAAGAAAAUGAUUUGACAUUAUUUUCAGAAAAUAAAAAUUAUUUAUUUAUCGAAAAUUAUACAUCUGUUAUAUAUGAAAAUUGUGAAGAUAAAAUAAAUAUAAUUUUAUCAAAUGAAUAUAUACCUAAUGGAAAUAUAGAAAUACAAAUAAAAGGCAAUGAUACAUUUAUAGUUCCAUGUAAUAUUACUCAAAAUAUACUAAGUUGUUAUUUACCCCAACUCACUAGAGGGAUAUACAAUAUAUAUAUAUUUAUAAAUAAAGAGAUGGUAUUUAUAAAAUUGUUGCGCCCUGGAUUUUCCUUAUCAGAAAAUAGUAAGUUUCUUAUAUUACAUGUAAUAGAAAUAGUUGAUUUUAGUUAUUGUGAAAAUAGACAAGAAAAAAAAAAAAAUCGGAAAAAAAUAUUUGACCUGAACAAGUCAUAUGAUAUAGCAUCAAACAACAACACGUUUACAAAUAAAGAGUUACUAAAAAUAUAUAAUAAUUUAUACAAAAAAUAUUAUACAAAUGUUAACGAUAAAAUAAGGAGUGACCAGAUAGCAAUUGGACAAAAUUAUAAACUCAAAAUUACUAAUGAUAAUAAAUUUUAUGAAUUUCUUAAUUCUUACAAAAAUGAAUUUAUUAAUCAUUCUUUCAGAACAAAAAAAAAUAAUAGUAAUAUUGAUAUGAAUAAUAUAAAUAUUGUUUCUCAACUUAAUUUAGAGAAUUGCACAACUCAAAAUAGGAUACCUAUUUUGUAUAAAAGAUUAUUAUACGAUACUUGUAUAUACGAAAACAAAAUUAUUAUUAUGCAAUUCCAUUCUAAAAUUUUUGAAUAUGACCCUUUUAAUAUGUUAUCUGCACACAUAUUUACAAAGGAUGAGUUAAAAGAUGGUUAUACUAUUUUUGCUCUUAAUCUGGUGCCUACAUGGGAAAUUGAAAAUAGAGCUACAGAUAAUAGUAGCGCCAAUAAUAACCAAGAUGGAAACUUAAAAAAUAAUAUUUUUGAAAUGAAAAAUAAGGAAUAUCUUGAUCAAAAUAAUUAUCCAAUAAAAAUUAUGAACAUGUCAGAAAAAUAUAUAAAAAGAAAAAAGAAAAAAAACUACGUUAGCUCUUUAAUGAUAUUUCGAUCUGAUGAAGCAAAUUGUGCUGAUGUACGUUUAUGGGAAUAUAUAAAAACAAUAGAUUGUGCAAAAAAUAAUAUUUGCAAUAAUUUUUAUAUAAAUAAAAAUAAUUACAAAAACGACAUUCAAUGCCCUGUACCUGAUGAGCUAAUAAAUAAUAAAAAUAUUUUUAGAAAAUAUUCGCAAGGUCUUAAAAUUUCUGAACAAGUCAGCAUUUUUUUCGAAAAUUGGAAUGAAAAUAUAUUGCCGGUUCAGAAGUUUGUCCAAUCACCAAAAUAUAAUUUACCUUAUUUAAAAACGCAGGAUUUAUCAAAUUUUUUAAAAAAUAAAAAAGAAGAUAUAUUAUUGAUUAGCGAUUUUUGCAAAACCAAAGAACAAACAAGCGAUAUGCUCAAUUCGGAACAAAAGAAGGAGCUUCCCUAUAACACCACAUUGUUAGAUAGCAGCAAAAAUGAAACAGCAAAGAAUAGCGAAGUGGGUAAAAACGGCAACGCUGCGUGCUUGCUAAAUAAUUUCAUUUCUUUUGUGUUUGUCCUUAAUGGAAAAAUAUAUCAUAGCGUUGUGCCAAUUAAUAAGGUCCUUUUAUUAUUUAUAAUUAAUUAUUGGAUGCAUUUUGUUAAUACAAACAAAAGGCGAUAA